GACAAGGAGAAUUUGUUGCUCAGAACAGAACAAACCUCUCAAGUCAAGACAGUUACAUAUUUUUUCCCUGCCUCUCUAAAAUGCUAACUAUAAGAAAGUGACUCAGGUUUUGGAAAUCAGCAAACUUUGUAACUAUCGAUUAAUUUUGUUGGCCAUGUCCUAUCUGAAUUUUUUUGUCAUAGUUUCCCAUUUUCCACAUCACUUAGCUAUCAAUAAUCAUUCCUCUGAAGCUUAGUACUAAUAUCUGUGAAUUAUAAUAAAGAGUUUUGUUCUAGCAGAAACUCUCAAACUAUAUAAUAAAAGAAUAUCUUAAUUCUUAAGCCACCAUCUAAUAUCAGGAGCACAGAGAGAGUCCAAAGAUCCUUGCGUCUUGGAAAUCAUGGCGCAUUCUCACGUACCAAAGUUUGGCAAUUGGGAAGCUGACAACAUUCCAUACAGUGCAUGUUUUGAGAAUGCACGCAGAGAAAAAGCUGGGAUCAUGAUGAAUCCAACUGAUCCAAUGAAAAAUCCAAAGGCUUUCAACAAAGUUACCAAAAAUGUUAAUACUGAUGAAGUGAAAUAUUCUGAUACUUACUCUGACAAACCAAGUUCAAUGGAGAAAGGAAGCCAUGAAGUAGUGAAAAACAAUUCUAGACGCCAUUUGCAUCGCAGGAGGAGGGGAAGUAAAGGUAGUUUCACGUCGGAGUUUGGCAGCGAAAAAGGCGAUAUGGAUCAUUUUGUUGUCAAGAAAGUUCCACAGUCAGAUCACAAAAGGAGUGUGUCCAAAGGAGUUAGUAGUAACAUUGGUAGCUUCUCUUCAACAAGUCAUAGUAGACACAACAAGAGUGGAAGUCAUUCCUUUAAUGAACAUAGGGAGCAUAGAGAAACAGCAAUACCUGAAUUUGGUAAGUGGGAUGUCAAAGACCCUAAUUCAGGAGAGGGUUAUACGGUUAUAUUCAGCAAAAUUAAAGAAGAAAGGAAAAUUAUGUCUAGCAACAUCUCAGGCAUAAGGACACCACCACCGCUUAACAACUGUUCAAAUACUAAGAAUCAAUAUGGUGGAUCUUCCUUCAGUUUAUCUAAGGUGAAUGAUACUUACUAAUUGUUGGAAACAAAGAUUGAUCUUAGUUUGUGACUGGAAAACGAAGAUUGAUCUUCGUAUCCAGUUUUUGUGUAUUGUUGUAAACCAAGAUCAAUCCUGGUUUGUGACUGGAAAACGAAGAACGAUCUUCGUAUCCAGUUUGGUGUAAUUCAAGUUAGUUGAUUGUAUGUAACCAACUAACUAACUAACCACUUAGUUAGUUAGUUAGUUAAGAAGAAGUUAGUC